AUGCGUUUUCUAUGUCUCCAUGGUAGGGGCACCAAUUCGGAGAUCUUCAAACGGCAAACAGAUGCGCUUCGACAUGAGCUAGGCGACAGUCACAGCUAUGACUUUGUCGAUGGAACCUUUCCCUCGGCGCUUAAUGAAGGUUUGCUUGUCUUUAAGCCUAGCGAUCAGCAAAUUCUUACAAGACUAGAUUUGAGAGAAUUACUGCCUCCCGAUGAUGAAACAUUCGCCUACUGUAACCCAUCGUCACCACAGUCUUGUAUAAAGGCAUUCAACGAUCUCGAGCAUUACGUGCAGGCUGAGGGCCCAUAUGAUGGCGUCAUGGGAUUUAGCCUAGGUGCCACAUUUGCUAUGUCGUGGAUGUUCAAGAAGCUUCGGGAACAAAAAGACGAAAAACCGGUGCAGCUGCCCUUCAAAGUGGGAAUCUUCUUUUCCGCUCCAGGCUUACUCCAGUACCACGACUUGUUAGCAGGGCAAUUGUUUGGAUCGAAGUUCAAUCCAGCUGAUGGGCUUCUCGAUAUACCGACGGCUCAUAUUUGGGGAUGUCACGACCGAGACAAGGAAAAGGCUGAGGCAGCUAGCCAGGCAUGUGAUGAGGCGGUUAGGUCUGUUUUUGUUCACGACAAGGGCCAUGAGAUUCCCAUAUCUUCUGACAAUGUGAUCUCGAUGGCCAAGGUGAUUAACAGGGCCAUAACAAGGGCACAGUCCUAG